AUGAAACUCGACACUUCACUUAUAAUCACUGCUUUCAAAGAUAUUAUCCUUCCGGUGCAAGAAAACCCUUUUCUCUCUCAAGCAUUGUUCAUCUUUUUCUCCACUACACCAAUGGUUUCUUCCUCUUUAGUUGAAAAACAAAUGGCUCAGUCGAUAUUACUGGGUAUUAAGGCUAACCAAAAUCUCAUCUUGGACCAUGAUCCAUCAAAGUAUGAGGCUUUUCUUCAACUGUUGAUCAAUUGCCUAAAAUACUCUCCUCUAGCUACUGCUUUGUCAAAGACACAGAACGUUCUGUUGGCUCUUCUCUCCAGAGCUUACUCAAUUGCCCGAUAUGAAAGAGUGCACCACAACUAUUACAUUUGA